AUGACUUGCUGGUGCACGUUUGUUACUUUCGGUCAAAUUGCAGACAUCGUCCACAGAGCUUCGCCCUCUUGUGGAACGAGUGGAGCUCUGUAUGUGCUAAUAUUAUGUCUUACAGGUUGCCAGUGCGUUUACUCGUCCUUCUAUCAACCUAAACUCCGAAUGCGGUAUGGUUUCCCUGAGAGCCCUUCUUCUGAUUUACUCGUUCAUUCUUGCUUAGAACCUUCUGCUCUCUGUCAGUUAUAUCGAGACUUGAAGAAUCGCGGUUGUGACACGUCCAUAGGGUGGCAUGCUAACAUGAAAAGGGAAGGUAAUGCAGUUGUGCAGCCACCCCGGUGCAAGGAGGAAUGA